AUGUCAAAAUUAGAAAGUGAAUUAGCAAAAUUAAUAUUAGAGAAUAAUAAAGCCAAGGGAAUAGACAGUAGUAAUAGUCUUGGCCCACCAAGUAUUACAUUUGGAGAUAAAAGUAAUAGUUUUAUUGGUACCACUAAAACCAAUAUAAAUAGUAUAGGCAAUAACAGUAGUGGUAGUAGUAGUAAAAGUUUAAAUGUACCAAGUAUUGUCGUUAGUUGUGAUAAUGAAAAUUCUAAUAGUAACUUCAAUAAAGGUUGUUGCUUUAAUGUAAAUAAUAAUAAUAAUAAUAAUAGUAAUCUAUUCAACGAUAAGAAACAGCAGCAACAACAACAAGGACCAUCACCAUCACCAUCACCACCAUCACCAUCAUCAUUAUCAACAUCACCAAAUUGUAAAAGUAAUUUUAGUAGCUGUAGUGAUAGUGGUAGUAAUGAUAAAGAGGCAUUAAUAUAUCAAAUGAGACAAAAAAAGAUUAAAUCAUUAGAGAGAAGAGAACCAUCAAAUGUACUAAUAAUAGAGAAUAUAAGUGAAAAGAAUGCACAAUUAGUUCAACUAUUGGUAGAAGAUCAAAAUUUAAAUUUCUCAUUCUCUGUUCAACUUAUUAGAUAUCUAUCACAUUUUAAAUCUUUGAUUCUAGUUUUUUCACAUAGAAAUGAGGCGGAAUUAUGUAAAUUAUUAGUUUCAAGACAAGAUUCAAUUAAACUUGAUGUUGAUACAAUACUUUAUUUUGGAAAGGAAAUUUCAAUCGGUUCAAUUGGAAAAUAUCAAUUAACAACACCAUUUGCAACAAGACAGCAUUUAAUAUCACCACCAUUAAGUCCCCCAAAUGAAUGGAGUGCACCAGGUGAUGGUAUGGAACAUCCUCCAACUGAUGUUGACCCAUUUGCAGUUGUCACAAGAGUUGUAAUCGAUGAAAAUGAUGAUGAGAAUUUCAGUUUUGGUGGUAAUAAUAAAAAUGAUAAUAAUGAUAAUGAUAAUAAUAAUAAAAAUAAAAAUAAUAAUAAUAACAAUGGUGGUUGUAAUGAUAGUGAAAGUGAAACACCCUCAUCUUCAUUAGUGGGGUUUUCAACAAAUAGUAGAAAUAGUAGUAAUAAUAGUGAAAGUACUUUUGUUAAUAGUUUAGAUCCUGAACAAUUAUCUGACCGAUUAAGAAAAGUAAUUUAUCAAGAUAAUACUUCAAAUGGUUUCCCUUCAAUUACUUUAGAGUUUUGUACAUAA